GGGGCCGCCCGAACCCGGAAGUGGGGCAGCCCACGUGGGGGCCGGGCACGGGUAGGUCAUGGUUCUGCUACCCGGUUCUAGGCAAUCUUCGAGCGGGGAGUUCGGGCCGUUUGUUCCUCUGCCUGAGGGGACGGGGUAGGGGCAGCGGUCGGGUCCCCUUCACCCGUGUUGGGGACCUGCGGACGGGCCCCAGCGGAGUGCCCGCUCCUGAGGACGCAGCAGGGGGCAUUGACCAUGGCGCUGCUCUGGACCUGGCGUUGCUCCGGUCGCCUCCUCACGCGUCAUUUCUCCGGAGCGGCGCGGCGUGGGGUGCGGCCUGGCGGGGAGGAGCUAAGCCGCCUGCGACUGGAUGACCUGGCGCCGACCCUGCGGUCCGAGACGGGACUGGAGCUUCUGUUUGGCCUGUCCCCUUGUCUCCUGGCUCUGCAGGCCGCCCGCCGCCGCGUGGCCCGGCUCCUGCUCCAGGCCGGCAGAUCCGGGCUGCAGGGGGAGCGGGCCGAGCUGCUCCGGGCGGCCGAGGCGCGGGACAUCCCAGUUCUUCGGCCUAGACGGAAGCAGCUGGACGCCCUGUGCCACUACCAGGUCCACCAGGGCGUCUGCAUGGAGGUGAGUCCGCUGCGGCCCCUGCCCUGGACUGAGAACCGUGAGGCGAGGCUGGGCGACGACCCCCAGCAGUUGUGGCUCAUCCUCGAGGGGCUCCAGGAUCCCCGGAAUCUUGGGGCGGUGCUGCGCUCUGCUUACUUCCUCGGAGUGGAUAAAGUCAUCACCAGCCGGAGAAACAGCUGCCCGCUCACUCCAGUGGUCAGCAAGGCCAGCGCCGGGGCUGUGGAGGUGAUGGACGUGUUUUCCACUGAUGACCUGGCCGGGUUUUUACAGGUCAAAGCCCGGCAGGGCUGGCUCGUGGCUGGCACAGUGGGCUGCCCAGGGCCUGAGACUUCCCUGUCCUCUGAGAUGCCUAUCACUAGUUGCUUGGAGUUCGUCUGGGACCAGCCUACUCUCCUAGUGCUGGGGAACGAGGGCUCUGGUCUGUCCCAGGAGGUGCAGGCCUCCUGCCAGGUUCUCCUUACCAUCUUGCCCGGCCGGCAGCUGCCUCCUGGGCUCGAGUCUUUGAAUGUCUCCGUGGCUACAGGAAUUCUUCUUCACUCCAUCUGCAGUCAGAGGAAGGCUUUCCCUGCAGAGCAGAAGAGAGGGAAACUUCUCCAAGACCCUCAAGAACCCCCAGCCAUGUCUGAAGGGCCCAGAGUGGCUCAGCAGCCAGGACUGUCCUCAGGGUCAGAAAAAGAGAGGCACGAUGGAGGCUGACUUGGACUGUGUGAGGUGUGUGUGUGCUGGAGGGCACACAUAGCCACAUGCUCGAGUGUGCCGAGGUCUCCCGCCUGAGCAUGCACCUGGACCCCUGUUGGCUAACCACUGUCUUGGGGGCAGGGAGUUUUGUAGUGGAGACCCCGGGGAGUUCUGUUUCCUGUUUUGGUUUUGGACUUGCACUGGAGAGGGCAGCUCAUUCAUUUCUAGGCUGUGCUGGGACCGAGGGUCUUUCUCCCCAGGUGCUGCCUGGAAGUCAAGGGGAAGGAUAGACUCAGAAGGAAAUCGGGCAGCCCAGUCUGUUCCUUUUGAAUUCUCUUGUUCCUGUUCCUCUUGAACCAGUGUGAGAAUGUAGAGGGAGGCCCGGGACCCCCUUAUGGGCCACACAGGUGCAAAUCCAGAUUCAAGCUGUGCCCCACUGCAGACUUCAUCUCUGUGCCUCAGGGCCCUUGUCCACACUUCCCUCAGAGGGCUGUUGUGAGGAUCAAAUAAAACAUGGCUUGGUAUCCAGCAGGCACUCAA